AUGGCCAUGCCUUUCCUCUCUCUCCCAACAUUUCCUCCACCGCAAUCGAUCUCCUUCCUCCCCAAGCUCAGGUCCACUUCAUUCAGCCUCCUUCUCAAGCCGCCCCUCCUAACCGCUUCCACCGCCGUCUCCGCCAUCGGCCCCGACGGGAAAUACUACCCUACCCCCGCCGACGACGACCCCCCGGAAGCCCCCGAAGACUCCAUGCACGGAUUCAACAAAUUCCAGCAAAUUCAACGCCAGGCGGCCCGAGCCCGCAAAAUCCAGGAAGAGGAGAACAAGAAGGACCUGCCCGUUUUCCUCAAGGCCAUCGAGGAAACCGAGGUCAAACCUGUCUCCGCCAGCAGCGACGGCUCCGGGGACGAUCUAUUUGGGGAAAUCGACGAGGCUAUCGCCCUGAAGCGCGAGGAAUUUAUCAACAAGGGGCUUAUUAAAAAGAAGCCCGAGCCCGAAGAGGCGAGCGUCGACGAGCUAGACCCGGAAGAAGCCCUUGAUUUGGAGGAGAUCGACCAACUCCGAGUGCUGGCCGAGGUUUCAGACGACGAGCCAGUAGAGGAAAGUGAAGAAGUCGAGGCGAGUGAUGGAGAUUUAUCGAAAUCAUUCGACAUUGAUCUUGAUGCGUUAGGUAGGACGAAGACUAGGAUUGUUGAGCCUAAGUUCAAGAUCUCCUUAGCCGAACUACUAGACGAAAGCAAAGUGGUACCUUUAGCUGUCUAUGGUAACCUAGAGGUCGAAAUUAGCGGAAUCUCCCACGAUUCCCGGCUUGUAGAGAGUGGGGAUUUGUUCGUUUGUCGUGUUGGGAGAAAUACAGACGGCCAUCUCUAUUUAUCCGAGGCGGACAAGAGAGGUGCUGUUGCUGUUGUUGCCAGUAAGGAAAUAGACAUUGAGGGCACAUUAGGAUGUAAAGCCUUGGUCAUUGUAGAAGACACAGAUGUAGUUCUAGCUUCACUAGCUGCUUCAUUCUUUAGGCACCCCUCUAAAAGCAUGUCCGUUAUUGGCAUAAUGGGAACAAACGGGAAAACGGCUACCACUUUCUUGAUAAAAGGGGUGUACGAAGCAAUGGGUUUGAGAACGGGCAUGUUGAGCACCGUGGCAGAUUGCAUCUAUGGGGAUAAUAAGCUGGAGUCGGACAAAAAACCCACGGAUGCAAUUUCGGUCCAGAAGGUGAUAGCCAAAAUGGUGCACAAUGGGACAGAGGCUUUAGUCAUGGAGGCUUCUUACCAUAGGCUCGCAUCCGAAAGGUGUGACGAGGUGGAUUUUGACGUGGCAGUCUUCACGAACUUGACGAGAGACCACUCGGAUUUCAAAGGCACAGAGGAUGAGUACAGGGAAGCUAAUGCCAGGCUGUUCUCGAGGAUGGUGGACCCCGCACGUCACCGCAAGGUGGUUAAUAUCGACGACCCAAAUGCGGCCUUCUUUAUCUCUCAAGGGAACCCGGAUGUGCCGGUUAUUACUUUCGCAGUGGACAACAAGAAUGCCGACGUGCGUCCAUUGAAAUUCGAGCUUUCCUUGUUCGAGACGCAGGUUCUGGUGAACACGCCUGAGGGUAUAUUGGAGAUUUCAUCCGGGCUGCUCGGGAGGUUCAACGUGUACAACAUUCUUGCAGCUGUGGCAGUUGGCAUUGCUGUUGGGGCUCCUCUGGAGGACAUUGUUAGAGGGAUAGAGGAAGUUGAUGCUGUACCGGGCAGGUGUGAGUUGAUAGACGAGGAACAGGCUUUUGGGGUUAUUGUGGACCAUGCGAACACGCCGAAUGGGCUGUCUAGGCUUCUUGAUAAUGUGAGGGAGCUUUCGCCGAAAAGGAUAAUUACUGUGUUCGGGUGUGCUGGUGAAAAGGAUAGAGGGCAGAGGCCCCUGAUGACAAAGAUAGCUACAGAGAAAAGCGAUGUCACAAUCUUGACAUCAGACAAUCCGGGAAAUGAAGAUCCUUUGGACAUUCUGGACGACAUGCUAGCUGGAGUAGGGUGGUCAAUGCAAGAUUACUUGAAAUAUGGCGAUAAUGAUUACUAUCCACCUCUUCGUAAUGGGCAUAGGCUUUUUUUGCACGAUAUUAGACUUGUAGCCGUGAGAUGUGCAGUGGCCAUGGGCGAAGAAGGAGACGUGGUUGUGGUUGCUGGCAAAGGUCAUGAAACGUUUCAAUUAGAAGGGGACAAGAAAGAGUAUUUUGAUGAUCGUGUGGAAUGUCGAGAGGCACUUCAAUAUGUUGACGAGCUUCACCAAGCUGGGAUAGAUACCAGUGAAUUCCCGUGGCGGUUGCCCGAGAGUCAUUAG